AUGCGACCCCGCAAGUAUAGCAAGAUGGAUACCAGCAAGCUCAAGCCCAAUGACCCCCGUGUCAAGUGGGAGACCAAGCAGGUCCGCGGCAAGACAUACUCCUACAUCCUCGGUGAGCCCGAAGGCGCCAAGGUCGAUACGAUUUUCCUUGUUCACGGCUGGCCCGAUCUCGCCUUUGGAUGGCGCCAUCAGAUCCCUUACUUGAUGUCCCUGGGCUACCAGGUCGUUGCGCCCAACAUGAUUGGCUACGCCGGCACCGACGCUCCCCAGGACCCCAAGGAGUACAGCUACAAGAGCGUGUCUGACGACGUCGCUGAGCUGGCUCGUCUGUUCGUCGGUCAGGAUGGCCAGAUUGUGCUGGGUGGCCACGAUUGGGGCGGUGCCCUGGUCUGGCGAACGGCCUACUACUACCCCAAGCUGAUCAAGGCCGUCUUCUCAGUCUGCACUCCUCUGUUCCCCCUGAGCAAAGAGUACAUUCCCCUCGAGGCCAUCAUCGCCGCCGGACGCCUGCGAAACUUCAAGUACCAACUACAGCUGGGGGGCCCCGAUGUAGAGGCCCAUGUCACCGGCAAGGACAAGCUACGACAGUUCUUCAAGGCGAUAUUCCUCGGCCGGGGCCCUAACAAAGAACACGCCUUCACCAUGGAGCAUGGCCUCAUCUUUGAGAACCUGGACAAGAUUGGGGACCCCCUUCUGCUGGACGCCGACGAGCUGGAUUUCUACGUGGAGCAGUACGCGCUGCAAAAGGCCCCCGAGCUGCGUGGCCCGCUCAACUGGUAUCGAACACGCGAGAUCAACGCCAAGGAGGAGAUUGCGCUGGGCGAGGAGGCACGGCCCAACACGUUCGAGCAGCCCGCGCUCUUCAUUGCCGCGACCCGUGAUGAAGCUCUGCCGCCGGCCAUGUCUCGCGGCAUGGACGCAGCUUUUGCUGACCUGACCCGGGCGGAGGUCGAUGCUUCCCACUGGGCCUUGACACAGGCUGGUCCUGAUGUUAACGAGCAUAUUUCAAAAUGGCUGACCAAGGUGAACAGCGCUCCCAAGCUGUAA